GGGAAACUGAUUGUUUAAAUAGGGCCUACAGCCACUGGUGGAAUGUAACUAAGUACUUACUCAAGUAACGUUUUGGUGGGUAACGAGGGGGGUACUUUUACUUUGAUACUUUAAGUACAGCCUAUAUUUGUAUACUGGCAAGAUUAAUUAUUCCUGAAAAUAUAUUUUAAUUCAUUUAAACUUUAUGUUUGUUUGUUUCUAAGAGCAGAAAUAAUGGGUCUCCAUAUAUAUAUUAUUUUGAAAGGCAUCACUGCAAACCAUGAGUUUUAUUCUCUUAUUCUAACUUUACACAUUUCAGCAUAAUGAGUAGGAUGAAAACAUUUGGACCACACAGGAGUGGUGGAAUAAGUAGUAGCCUAGUAAACACGCUCCAUUACAAAGUAAUCCAGUAUUCAAAAUAAAACAUUAAAACUAAAUGUAUUAAAAGCAAAAUCUACUCAAAGUAUCAAAAGUAAAAGUACUCAUUGUGCAGCAGAGGAAUGGCUUCUCCUGAGUUAUAUUAUUAUUAUUAUUGGAUUAUUAUUGAUCCGUAACAUGAAAGCAACAUUUUAAUGUUGAGGUAAAGCAAGUUUAAAAUACUUUUUUUAUACUGUUGGGUUAGUUGAUCAUAUUUUAUGAAAUGAUCAUCAACUAUUAUAGCUCUUAAAUAAAUGUAGUGGCUAUAUUUCUUCCUGAAAUGAAUUGGAGUAUAAAGAAACUGAAACUGAAAACGCUAAAGCAAAGUAAAAUCAAAAUAGUAAAAUGCUUCAGUAAAGGAUGAGUCACAUCCUACCACUGCCUGCCUUUCUGUGUGUCUUAACAAUGACCUCUGUUGUGAGGCUAUCUACACUUCAAUGAUUGAUCCCUGUGGGCGAAACCCAUGCAACCCAUGGGAACUCAAUUUGUUCUGUGAUAAACUUUAUGGCAUUUCAGGAACUUAUCUAAACAUGGUCAUCAUGUGACCGAAGUAGCAUUAAAGUGUAAAUUGCAUUAUCCAAAAUUUGCCACACACCCUAAAGGACCACAAAGGUCCCAGGUUCAAUUCAUGUCAAUUGAUGGUUGGUGAUUUAAUUGCAAAUUAUGAUGGAAUUAUAAUUCCAGGAAUAUAAUCUUCGACAGGUCCUUGCAUUAUUUCCUUCGUCAGGACAACGGUGUCAAAAUGUAGUUUUAAUACUCUCAUUAUUUCUGAUUAUAUUGUGCUCGCAUGGUGCUUAUCCCUAAGUAAAGUUGUGUUUAAUCAAAUCACCGCAAAUGAGACACACAAAACCUGUUCCCAGAUAGUUUUAAUACAGCAUCAGAGUAGUUGCAGCCUGUUGUCUCUGUAAUUUAGAGGUGACAAGGUAAAUAUACAUUGUACAUACAGGGGGAAGCUGGGAGCUGGGAUGGGGAUUAUGAUGAACCCAACAGGAAAUAUUUGCCCUGGGGCUCCCCCUAAUAGUUUAAAAGACCUAUGACCCUCAUAUGUCCCUGAAAACUAUGUACAAUUCAAUGAUAAAACUAUGUAAUUAUUUAGGAAUCAGACCGGAGGAAUCGUUGUCACUCAAUUUAAAAUAACAUAUAAGACACUUGUUUCAACCUCUUACAUGAAGGGCUAAUGCUAACUGAAAUGUGUAACAUGUCGCAACUGUCAGAGUUGUCAUUAAUAGUAAAGAUAAUUCAGAUUCUAUAUAGUACUAAAAUACACAAAAAGUGCAAUAUUUCCAUUGAACUUCACACCUCUACUGGGUGCCACAAAAGCUCAGUCAUUAUUCACCAAAACCAGCCUUUUAAGUCCAGUAUUUGGAUUUUCCUUCCUUGUUUUGUGCUUAUUUCUGUCGGAAUUCAAUGUCCAGUAUAAAUGCUUCACACACUCUUCUGUUUCUCUCCAGAGUGGACUUUCGACCCGCUGCUGAGAGGUGUGGUUCUUACUGUCUACACUGCAUGUGUCUGAUUACUCAUUAAAGACAACCUUCAGACUCAUAAACACAUAAAACACAAACUUCUGCCAUCACUCGUUGUUCAGAAAGAACACGGAAAACACGGAUUCCACAUGUGAAUAAAUGUUUUAAAAUCUAGCUGCUUAUAGAUGAGAAUGUGAGAUGGCAACCAGCGAGCUGUCAGCAUGGGACGGCUGCUGUAUAGCACAGUUAAAGAUUAUCCUUCUUGGUGGCAGAAACUCUGGAAAGAGUUCUGUGGGGAACUUAAUCUUGGGCAAAGAGGAGUUUGUCACCAAAGAGAGGACCUCUUGCUCCCGCAGGCUGGGUGUGGUGGCCGGACGGUGGCUCACAGUGGUGGACACCCCCGGCUGGUGGUGCGACUUCAGUGCUCAGGACACAUCUGAGCUGGUGAAGAGGGAGAUUGUAAGCAGCGUCUCUCUGUGCUCACCGGGCCCACAUGUAUUCCUGAUUACAAUCAAGGCCAGCUCAGCCUUCUCAGAGAAGCGUCGCAGGGCUGUGGAGGAGCACGUGGCCCUGCUGGGUGAGAGUGUGUGGAGUCACUGCAUGGUGGUCUUCAUCUCUGCUGACAGGUCUAAACACACAGAAGAAAAAAAGCUCGUACAGAUGGGGGGAGAGGCCCUCUGCUGGCUCACUGAGAAAUGCAGUCAGAGGUGUCACACUGUUAUCUUGAGUGAUGAUGCUGAAGUCACAGAGCUGCUGGAGAAGAUACAGAAACUUGUCACAGAAAAUGGAAACAGAGUGUUUGAAAUGCAGGAAAACAUUUUACAGGCGACUGCAGAGGAGAAAAGGAGAGUGGAGGAGAGGGCUCAGCAGAGGUUUAUAAGAAUGAAGAAACACAGAUCUCUCAUGAGAGAGAGGCUGCAGCUCAUCCCUAAUAUCCGGAUUGUGCUGGUGGGAGCAAAGGGUUCUGGAAAAACUUCCACACUGAACACAAUCCUGAGCAGAGAGAGCAGCCAGCAACUGAGCAGAACAGCCCAGUGUCGGGUUGGAAAAGGUGUGGUGUUUGGGAGACAGGUGACUGUGGUGGACACGCCGGGCUGGUGGAGGAACUACUUCUGUGACGAGAGUCCCAUCUUCGACCGGAGGGAGAUAGCGUUCAGUUCCUCUCUCUGCCCUCCGGGGCCUCACGUCUUCCUGCUGGUGAUCCGUGUGGACAGAGCCUUCACUGACACAUACAGGAGGGCAGCGCAGGAGCACCUCCAGCUGAUCAGUGAACACAUCUGGAGUCGCGUCAUUGUGCUGUUUAGUUUUGGGGACUGGCUGGGAGGCACGACUACUGAGCAGUGCAUCGAGAGUGAGGGAGAGCCUCUGCAGUGGCUUGUUGAGAGGUGCGGCAACAGGUAUCAUGUUCUGAACAAUAAAACUAAAGGGGAUGGAUUCCAAGUCAGAGAACUAAUUGGGAAGAUUGAGGAAAUGUUGGCUGGCUGCAACAACGUCCAACACUAUGAAAUAGAGAGGACGGUGAUGGAACAGAUGGAGGGGAAGAUGAGGAGAGAGAAGGAGGGAGCCAUAGAGAGACUGAUGAAGAAGGAGAAACAAAGGCAGAUGGCGAGGUUUCAGCUGGAGAAGCUCAACCCUCUUCCAAAUCUGAGAAUAGUGCUGGUUGGUGGCAGGAAAACAGGCAAGAGCUCAUGUGGAAACACCAUCUUGAGCAGAGAGUGCUUCCACACGGAAACACAAACAACCUCCUGCUCUGACAAACGAGCCAACGUCAGCGGCAAGACGGUGGCAGUGCUGGACACGCCAGGAUGCUUCUCUCUGACCUCUGACCUCCUUGUUGCAUCCUGUGCUCUCCUCCUGGUUGUCAAUGUGAGCUCCUCAUUCAAAGACACCCACAGGGAGGCCAUGGAGAAACAGCUGGAGGCAGGAGGAGGCCGCAUGUGGAGCAGAGCUGUGGUCCUUUUCAGCCACGGGGACUGGCUGGGCGACACGAGCAUCGAGCAGCGCAUUGAGAGUGAAGGUGAACCGCUGCAGAGCCUGGUUGAGAAGUGUGGGAACAGAUAUCACGUCCUGGACAAUAAACACCGGGGGAACGGAGCUCAGGUUAAAGAGCUAAUCGAACUGAUAGAGGUGAUGCUGGUUGAAGAAAGGCUGACUGUUCUUCACAGAGGUGAUCACAUGUGGAAAAGGGUUUCUUCAAAAGCAGUGACACUGUGUAAAAGAGAUUUAAAGGUGCUUACGAGCUGCAGACUUCAGCUGUCCCAUGACUUGACUCACUCAGCCAAUUCCACUGCUCAGACACCACUAAACUGCUCGGAGGGCCCAGAUAAUGGAGGUCAGAUAGUGGCACUGCCGGCAGGAAGAACAGGAGGACAGACUGGUCUCAUCCUGGACAGAGACAGCGUCAUGUCCUGUUUAGCCUCCAUGCUCUCUGAUAAACAAGGACUGAGGUGGACUAUAAAUCUGCCUGUCCAGUGUCCUACUGAUGAUCUUCACCUGAGACUGAAUGGUGAAAGCCAAGUGCAUCUGUUCUCAUCCAGACAUCCAGCAAAGCUUCUGGCUUUACCUCAAACGCAAUGCAAGAUUCUUGCAGAGGAAAACAGCAUCAGGGUGAAUUCCCUCUGCCAUCCUGCUCUGAGGGAGCAGACUCUCAGGAGGCUCAGUGAGUCCGGAGGUCUGCAGGCGCUGAUCGACCAGUGGGACCACAGCAGCCUGGAAGAGCUGGAAGCCUUCAUUGACUCGUACUUUGAGAUGGUUUGGGAGCAAACAAUGGGGUCGUUUCGGGCAUCCGAACCUGAGUGUCCAACCACAGAGCUGGAUGCUGUUGUCGAGGAGGCAGUGCUCUCGUCCAUUGACAGGAAACUUUCAAAGCUGGAGCUCCUUGAGGAGAUCCGGAGGGAUCUGGCCGAGCUGAGGAAGAGUCUGGAGCACAGCUGGGAGGCGAUACAGGAACUCAGAGAAAAAAGUUGAUGUAGAUAGUAAUACUUGUUGAUUCAGGAUAAUAAAAGAUGGAGUAAAUUAAUUUAUAUCGAUUUUUUUCCUGACUAGUUAAAUGUCAAGAAGUAAAAAAUAAAUAGUAAAAACAUCACUUUCUUUGACUGAUGGAACCACAAGUUUGUCAUAAUAUUUCUCCACAAGGGGGAGCAAUUGUAUAAGAGUAAGUUCUUCAUAUUAUGUCGCCACUGAAACAUCACCACAGUGUAUACAUUCUCAAGUAAAAGUAAUUCAAAAUGUAAGUAAAAGUACGGAAGUAUUAGCAA